GCACGCCACUUGCUAUGCGGGAUGCUUUAAGGGUCCAUACUCUGACGUCACCCCAUUGAAGUUGACAUCUAUAACGGUUAAAGUAAAGGUUAAGGUUUGGGUUAGGUAAGGGUUAUGGUUCAGGUUAGGAUAAUGGUUAAGGUUAGUGUUUAGGGUGUGGACGUCCCAAGUAUCCCAGAUUGCACUAAGCAAGAACGCAUAGAAGAUUGCGCGAGUUGAAGAAGUAGGGCUCGCUUGUACGACACUACAACAAAAUCGUUUAAUUAAAAUAUUUACAAUUUUCAAAAGUUGGUACUCUAAUUGUAUCUACAUUGACAAUUCAACCUGGAGGGACAGAAAAGUAACGAGUGCCGUUACUGGAAGAAAAGCGCUACAGAUUGUGCGCACUCCUGUGCCGAAACUGGAAUAUUAUGGGAGCUGUUUUGGCGGCCUUUUCUGUCGCAAGCUGGGUGCCGUGUCUGUGUAGCAGUGCGACUGCUUGUUGUGCAGAUGUUGUCCCCAUAAGCAAGAAUUCCCACGGUAACGCGAGUCUCUACGCCUUCAUUCUGUUGCUAGGGACCAUUAUAGCCUGCAUCAUGCUGUCACCAGGAGUGGACGAGCAGCUAAAAAAGAUUCCUGGGUUCUGUGAAGACGGAGCAGGCAUCAAUGGAAACAUCAACUGUACGAUCYUAGUGGGCUAUAAAGCCGUGUACCGGGUGUGCUUCGGAAUGAGCAUGUGUUUCCUGGCGUUCGCUCUGAUCAUGAUCAACGUGAAGAACAGUCGAGACCCGCGCUCCGCCAUCCACAACGGGUUUUGGUUCUUUAAGGUGGCUGCCAUGGUUGCCGUGACUGUCGGUGCCUUUUACAUUCCUGAAGGGCCUUUUACUCGCACGUGGUUUGUGGUGGGUACCUGUGGGGCGUUCUGCUUCAUCCUGAUCCAGCUGGUUCUGCUGGUGGACUUUGCCCACUCCUGGAAUGAAUCCUGGGUGGACAACAUGGAGAGAGGGAACUCCAGGGGCUGGUACGCAGCCUUGCUCGCUGUAACUGGACUCAACUACGUCAUGGCCUUUAUCGUCAUCAUCCUGAUGUACAUGUUCUACACUCGGCCAGAGGGCUGUCUACUCAACAAGUUCUUCAUCGGCUUCAACUUGCUCCUCUGUGCCGUAGCCUCUGUUGUGUCUGUCAUGCCCAGAGUACAGGAAUCCCAGCCCCGAUCUGGUCUACUCCAGUCCUCCAUCAUGACCAUGUACACCAUGUAUCUGACCUGGUCUGCCAUGACCAACGAGCCUGACCGGACAUGCAACCCCAGCCUGCUGAGCAUCUUCCAGCAGACACUGGUGCCCACGCUUGCCCCUCUGCAGAUUGAGAACCAGACGGCCGUGGUGAUCAUCGGCACCGAGGAGCCCAUCUUGUCCUCUCCCUAUCUGCAGUGGUGGGAUGCCCAGAGCAUUGUGGGAUUGGCCAUCUUCGUCCUAUGCAUCCUCUACUCCAGCAUCCGCUCGUCCAACACCAGCCAGGUGAACAAGUUGACCAUGGCCUCCAACGACACGGUGACCCUGGAGGAGAGUAACGCGGGCACACCGGACGAGGAGGUGGGAGGGACGGGUACGGAGAGGAAGGGACCCAGGCGUGUGGAGGACAACGAGAGGGACAUCGUCCAGUACAGCUAUUCCUUCUUCCACUUCAUGCUCUUCCUGGCUUCGCUCUACAUCAUGAUGACUCUCACCAACUGGUAUAGUCCUGAUGCAGAAUACAAUGCCAUGACCAGCAAGUGGCCGGCGGUUUGGGUGAAGAUCAGCUCCAGUUGGGUAUGUCUCACCCUCUAUGUCUGGACCCUGGUCGCCCCCAUGAUACUCAUCAACCGGGACUUUAGCUGAAAAGUGUUCCGCUAAUGCAGUAUUCUUCUUUCACUUUCCUUAUCUUGAUUCCUGAUUUUGCUUCGUUUUUUUACGUUUUACAUAAACAUUGACCUUAUUGCCUACUGUACAUUUCACGUGAUUUACAGUCAAAAUGGACUGUGUUGUUUUGUGUAUUAGAUGUUGAUGGUUUUUCAUAAAAAUAUCUCUUUAGUUAGCGUUUUAGAUCUAUUACAAUAGAUAGAUCCACACAUGAACCUGGUGUUAAAUCUCCAGCCUUGUAUUGGUAUAUUUUACAUUUUGUGCAAUUUGGGACCAAACGCAGGGAUAGUUGACCUUCAUGUUAAAGGAACAUCUUUCUUUUUUUUUUUAAAUGUCCUUUAUCUCAUGGCAAGAAAAGUAUGUGAACCCUUUGGAAUUACCUG